AUGUCGUCAGAAUACGAUUGUCGAGCUACUGCUGUGGAGAGCCUUCGUGACGGCUACAAAGCCAAGCGUUUCUUUUUCCAUCUUCUAUAUGGUGUAAACACCCCCUUUUUUUUUCUCCUCUUCCUAUAUUUUAGGCGCUUUUUUUUUUUUUUUUACACUGUUCUCUCCAUUGAUUUCUAUCUUUUGUUAUCUAUUUCUCUCUAUUCUCUUCUCUUCAUGCGACUCUAUCUUUCUCUAUCACCUUCUCUAUCGGUGUUCCUCUAUUUACAUUUCAAUGUCUUUCUCUUUAUUCCUCUCCUUUUUCUCCCCCAACCGUCUAACGCUCUUCGCUUUCUUCAGCAACUUCUUCUCAUUAUUCUUCACGCGAUGAUAUUUCCCCUCGAAUCGUCCCUCCCGUCUCCCGCUUCUAUUUAUCCACGAACUGUUUAUUCCAAUUUAGCUAUAGUUCUCAACCCCCUUUCUCCUUUCUUCGUCCCGUCAUUUCUUCAGGUUUUUCUUCUCCCUGCUACUCUUUGA